UUGAUAUUACCCGACAGACUAUGAACGCAGCAGUGCCUCGACCCGCCCCCCCACUGCCGUUCGCUAUAGCAGCCAUUUUGAUUUGGAACCGCAACGCCGGAGGAAAAACUGUCUGGAAAAGGUGUGAAUCGAUAGAGGAGUAAUGUGGGACCAGGGAGGCCAGCCCUGGCCGCAGUGGCCUCUGAGCCAGCAGCAGUGGAUGCAGUCUUUCCAGCACCAACAAGAUCCAGGUCAAGUGGACUGGGCUGCCCUGGCACAGGCAUGGAUAGCCCAAAAGGAGUCAACCGGACCAGAGCCGCCAAACGUCCAGCCCAAUGGUCAGGACCUCCCGGGUCUCGAACCGGUUGCACAGAGUAACCACGGCGCCUUCCAGGGUGACCCAGGGUUUGGCAGAAUGUGGCAGCCAGAAUGGGGAAUGCAUGGUCAGCCUCCUCCUCCACCCCCACCCCCUGACCAGGCUUGGAUUCCUCCAGGGUCAGGACCAAUGGACGUGGUAAACCCCAGCGAGGACAGCAACAGCCAGGACAGCGUUGAGUUCAACUCCGAGACCCACCACGGGGUUUACCCCCAGAACAGCCAUGGGUAUGGGGCACAGCCCGACAGCUACGCCAUGGCCCCCAUGGCCAUGAACCAGUUUGAUUAUCAGCAUGGAGCUGCUUCGUCCUUCGCCCCUACACCCACGGGUUUCCACCCCCCAUACUGGCAGGGUCCUCCUCAGAACAGACGGGACACCAGGCCACCAGGUUUCAGAGAACGGCCCAGAUCGCCCAUCCAGCUCCCUGUCAAACCAGAGGUCCCAGCACCACUAGAUGCCGUAAAAAGACGAACGCUACCUGCAUGGAUCAGAGAGGGUCUUGAAAAGAUGGACCGGGAGAAGCAGAAGAAGCUCGAGCGGGAGCGGAUGGAGAAGGAGCGUGCAGAAAUGGCAAAAGAUGAUGACAAAGCACAAGAGCCUGGCGAGGAAAGCGAUGGGCCACGUGUGCCCCGCAAGAGCAAAUUUGACAGUGAUGAUGAAGGGGUAGAUGAUAACGACGAUGAAGAAAAGAUUCCGGUGAAGAAAGAAUUCAUUGCUCGAAGCCCAUCACCUCCUGCAGAAGACAGUGAACCUGAAAUGACCGAGGAGGAAAAGGAGUUCCAGCUGAUGGUCAUAACUAAAACACUUCUGACUGAGAUCCUUCUUGAAGUCACUAACGAAGAGAUCCUGCAUGUGGCCAGAGAGACUCACAGGAAAGCCACUCGAGCUCCUGCAAAACAGCUGGCACAGUCAAGUGCACUGGCUUCUCUGACCGGUCUCAGCGGGCUUGGAGACUAUGGUUCAGAUGAGAGCGAGGAUGAUGAUGAUGGCCGCAGCGUCCGAGGAUCGGAGUCCUCCGACACAGACGAGGAAGAGUUACGCCACCGCAUCCGGGAGAAGCAGGACGCCUUCCGCCGCAAAGAGCGAGAGAUGCAGCAGCUGCAAGAAAAACAAGCACAAGAGGCUCUGCUAGCACGCGAAGAGAUGGUGAAGGAGAGAGUGAGCAGAGAAAGGGGCGAAUACGAUGAGAGUCAGUUAGAAAAUCUGCACAAACAAGAAGUCAAAGAGAGGGAGGCGGAAACCUUGGCAGAGAGGCGUAGGUCCCGUAGUGAGAGGGAAGGUAGCGAGGGCAAGCAUUCAGGCAGGGUGAAGGAGCGUUCAGGGAGAAGUGGCAGCGACUCCCCGGCCAACGGUCACAGCAGCAGCUCCCGCUCCACCUCCAGCCACAGCAGCAGCCGUUCUUCCUCCUCGUCCUCUUCUUCCUCCGCGUCUUCUCGUAGCUCCUCUCGGUCCUCUUCCCCUCGGAGGAAGAGGAAGCGUAGCCGCUCGACGUCCCACAAAGCUCGACGGCGCAGCCGCAGUCACAGCUCGCACAGGCACCGCAGCGACAAGGUCAGGGACAGGAGGAGGAGCAGCGUAGAGCGGUCGGGACGCCACAAGAAAGACCGCAGUGAUUCCAGGGAGCACAGGAGUCGCAGGAGUAGGUCCAGAUCCAGAGAUAGAGACAGAGACAGGGGCAGGGCCCGGGGUAGAGACAGUCCCAGUCGCAGCAGAGACAGAGAGAGGGAGAAAGACAGGGAUAAGGAGAGGAAAAGGAGUAGGGAGCGUAGGGACAGUAGCCACAGUCGUAGCAGCAAACACAAGCAAAAGACCUCUAGUAAAGACCGGGAGAGGAAAAGGGAAAGGAGUCAUAGCCACGAGAAAGACAAGAAAAGGAAGGAUAAAGACAAGGAUAGGGAGAAAGAGGCAGACAGGAAGAAAGAGAAGUCGAAGGCUAAGGAGAAGGAUAAGGGAAGCUCCACGGUAACGGAGGAGAACGGCAAAUCCAAGAAAAGGAAAGAGAGUGACUCAUGCACAGACUCCCAGAACGAGAAGCGCUCUCGACAAGAUAGCAAAUCCAGCAAGAAAGGCUCCGGCAAAGCUAGCAGGAGACACUCGGACUCUGACUCUAGUAGAUCCCCUUCCCCCGAAGUUAGUAAGGAAAAGAAAUCUAAGAAAUCCAAACGUAGUCGCUCAAGGUCGACGGAAAAAUCUCACAAGUCUGGUAAGAAGGCAAGCCGCAAACACAAGUCUAAGUCGCGAUCAAGGUCAACGUCCCCCUCCCGUCGUAGCAGACGCUGAGGAGCACAGUUAACACCCCGAUCUGUGCACGUUACCAUUUUAAAUUCCAUGAGUUGAACAGGCUUGUCUCAUUAUAGAGGCAGUUGUGUAGGUGAAACCCCUCCUCCUCCUCUUCCUCCUCCUCCUCCUCUUCCUCCUCCUUCCCCCUCACCCCCCCUCACUCCCCCUUGCAUUGCUUUCAUUGUAAAUAUGUUACUUUUAAAGUGUGACUGAAGAACAAGGCAUUUUGAAUGGUAGGAAUUUUCACUGGUAUUAUACAAAGUUUAAUAAGACGCUAAAACACUCAAGAUGUGUCAUUUUAAAACAUAACAGGAUUAACUUUUUUUCCCCCAAAAACAUUGUAAGAUGUCCAAUAAAACAGUUUGUUCCGUG